UCUUGGUGGGACUCUGCAGGAGCUUGCCGCCAUCCAACUCGUCUCUUGCCAUUCUGUCCUCCCCUCGCCACCACACAGGAUGACGCUCGCUUGCGCGGAGCUCCUUCAGUAAUACAAACUUGCCUUACAGACGCCACGCUGCUAAGGAAUUGUUCCAACAGAAACCCCCCGGAAACCGCCGCCAGAAAGGGGAGGUGCGGUGCUGAGUCACAAUGACCAACGAGGAGCCUUUACCUAAAAAGGUUCGCCUCAGUGAAUCUGACAUGAAGACAUUGACCAGAGAGGAGCUGUGCACAAGGUGGAAACAGCACGAGUCAUAUGUGCAGGUCCUGGAGGCCAAAUAUGCAGAGCUUUGUUCCAAUGACGUAACAGGCCUGAAGGAAUCGGAAGAGAAGCUCAAGCAGCAGCAGCAAGACUCUGCACGCAGGGAGAACAUCUUGGUCAUGCGGCUUGCCACUAAGGAACAGGAGUGCACAACGCACAUCCAGUACCUGAAGCAGGCCCAGCAGCCCAGUGCAGCCCAACUGCGCUCGUCCAUGGUGGACCCGGCCAUCAACUUGUUUUUCCUCAAAAUGAAGGCGGAAUUGGAACAGACUAAAGACAAACUGGAGCAGGCCCAAAAUGAACUGAGUGCCUGGAAAUUUACACCUGAUAGCCAGACGGGGAAGAAACUGAUGGCCAAGUGUCGCAUGCUGAUCCAGGAAAACCAGGAGCUGGGGAAGCAGCAGUCGCAGGGACGCAUCGCCCAACUGGAGGCCGAGCUGGCCUUGCAGAAGAAGUACAGCGAGGAGCUAAAGAGCAGUCAAGACGAGCUGAAUGACUUCAUCAUCCAGCUGGAUGAAGAGGUGGAAGGCAUGCAAAGCACCAUCUUGGUCCUGCAGCAGCAACUCAAGGACAGUCGGCAGCAGCUCGCCCAGCCUCCUCAGGCGGGCCCAAGCAGGACGUCGCCUGCCACCGAGCAGGCCGCCGCGCCCUCCGACCCCGCGGGGAAAGACUUCGGGAGGGUGUCCAACGGGCCCAGCAAGCAGGCGCCUUCUCAGAAAGGAGGCGCCGCGCUCUACCGGGAGGUUAGCAGCACCGACGAAGACUUUGCCGUGUCGCCUGCCGCAUCCAGCCCGGGGGAAGCCGAGACCAAACUGUCCAACCACUCUGAGGAAGUGUCGGGGAGUCAGAGCGGCGGAGCCCGGGCCGGAGCGCCUGCCGGUUUGAGCGCGGGGUAUGAGAGCGUGGACUCUCCGACUGGCAGUGAGACCUCAUUGACUCAGCACUCGAACGACACGGACUCCACCGCCGACCCCCACGAGGACAAGGCUGCUGCCCAUGUCACCAAGGGCACCAGGACUUCACGGCACGCUCAAAACGGCCUGGACUCCACCACAAGCGACGGCGCCGUUUUGUAAUGUACCUUUGGAGGGGUGGAAAAAAACAAUGGUCUCGCUUUUUUUUUUUAUACAGAACAAGAUGACAAAUGCAUAGAGUGUAAUGCAGAACUGCUGUCGGAUGUUUUGUUUUCCUGCCCCUCCCCUUUUGCUUCUUGUGAAAAACAUUUGGGAACACGGGAAAUGGUUCAUGUUAGACACAAUUGAGUUUGAUUUAAAAGAACAAAAAUGCAACAAAAGUAUGUUUCAUUCUGCUGUUGAUUUGAAUCGGCCGCUCACAGCCGUUGUUGUAACAAGUCAAGUUUAAAAAAAAUUCUGCGGCAUAAACAUCUCACUUAGAUAUUGACCUGUGUUUAUAUUUUUUAUUUCAAUUUUAAAAUUUCGUUUUAAAAACAAUUCAAAAGGUUCUGUGAGUAGUUUAUAAGAGAUGUUCAUCUUCUGACUUCAGUCCUUUUCAUGUACUGACCAAAUACCAAUAAAGAAUUUUAAUACUAAGGAAA